GGGGGACACCCGCCUCCUGCUGUCCCACCGCUGACCGCAGUCCGCCUGAGCUUCUGCAUUUUUGAGUUUAUUUUUGAUUACGCGAGCACUGUGGGAGUAUUAGCUCCAGCAGUACAGAUAAAGCAAAAAUUUCCUCGGCCUUGCCCGAUCCUCCUACCUUGCUUAGAGCCAGCCCCUGUUGCGCGUUUGCAGACACAUGGGUGUGUCUUCUGGCCUCUGUUGUUCUUUUGUGAAUUGUUUUUUCUAAUCUUGCCUGUUUUUCUGUUGCAUUUAUGGUCCUUUUCCUAACUAUUUGUAGGAAUUCUUUGUAUAUUCUGUAUUUCGAUAAUUUGUCAGUUUAAUAUAUUGGGGAUCUUUUUCUCCCGGUCUAUUUCUUGUCAUUUAACUUUGUUUAUGGUUUCUUCUGUAGACAGAGGUUUUUUGCUUGUCGUUGUUGCUCUCAAAUUUUCCUCCAUGACUUCGUGUUUUGGGUGAAUGCUCCUCAAACUGCCGAAUCUCCUCGAGAUCUUGUUAAAAGCAAAUUACGGUCCAGUAGGUCUGGGAGGGGGUCUGAGAUUCUAAGUUUCUAACGAACUCCCAGGUGGUACCUUGCUGCCUGUUUUGGAACCACGCUUUGAGUAGCAAGGUUUUGGGUAGUGUUUAGGGUGUAAAUAUAUGCCCCUAUAUUUUCUAAUACUGUUAUCAUUUUGUUUUUACUUUUUAUUUUCAUUCCAGGGGUAACAAGGCCUUGCUCUGGCUUUGAGAGUCUCAUUUCCCUCAAUCAAAGAUUAUUUUGAGGGGUAGAAAAAACAGUAACUAUAAGCUUUCCUUUAUAGUACUUUUGGUGGAGAGAGGCUGUGAUAUCAAAUAAACAAGGUGGGAUAAUUAAGAUUUCAAAGAGUCUGAAUCAUUCCUUCUACAAGCAUCACAUAUUUGUAGUGAACUCAAUGCAUACAGUCAGGAGGUCCUUUCCAUUCUUGGGGAAGUUGAUCUCGCGCUGGAGAAGCUUCCUGAAUGGGUUACUGCUAAACCAGUUGAGAAGAACCUGCUCACCAUGCUGGAUGAGGCCUACAUUCAGCCAGAACCGCUGGGAGUUGUCCUGAUUAUCGGAGCUUGGAACUACCCCUUUGUUGUCACCAUUCAGCCUCUGAUAGGAGCCAUCGCUGCAGGAAAUGCUGCGAUUAUUAAGCCUUCUGAGCUAAGUGAAAAUACAGCCAAGAUGUUGGCUAAGCUCCUCCCUCAGUAUUUAGACCAGGACCUGUAUGUUGUUAUUAAUGGUGGUGUUGAGGAAACCACGGAGCUUCUGAAGCAGCGAUUUGACCACAUUCUCUACACGGGAAAUACUGCAGUGGGAAAAAUAGUCAUGGAAGCUGCUGCCAAGCAUCUGACCCCUGUGACUCUUGAACUGGGAGGGAAGAGUCCGUGUUACAUUGACAAAGAUUGUGACCUGGACGUCGCCUGCAGACGCAUAACCUGGGGGAAGUACAUGAAUUGCGGUCAAACCUGCAUUGCUCCCGACUACAUCCUCUGUGAACCAUCCCUCCAGAAUCAAAUCGUGCAGAAGAUUAAGGAAACCGUGAAGGAAUUUUAUGGAGAAAAUGUCAAAGAAUCUCCUGAUUAUGAAAGGAUAAUCAAUCUUCGUCAUUUUAAGAGGAUACUAAGUUUGCUUGAAGGACAAAAGAUAGCUUUUGGUGGAGAGACCGAUGAAGCCACACGCUACAUAGCCCCAACAAUACUUACUGAUGUUGAUUCUGAAACCAAAGUGAUGCAAGAAGAAAUUUUUGGACCAAUUCUUCCAAUAGUGCCUGUGAAGAAUGCAGAGGAAGCCAUAAAAUUCAUAAACGAACGUGAAAAGCCCUUGGCUUUCUAUGUAUUUUCUCAUAACGAUAAGCUCAUCAAACGGAUGAUUGACGGGACGUCCAGCGGCGGUGUCACAGCUAACGACGUCAUUAUGCACUUCACACUCACCUCUUUACCCUUCGGAGGAGUAGGUUCGAGUGGGAUGGGAGUUUAUCACGGAAAACACAGUUUUGAUACUUUUUCUCAUCAACGUCCCUGUUUAUUAAAAAGUUUAAAGAGAGAAGGUGUUAACAAACUCAGAUACCCUCCCAACAGCCAGUCAAAGGUGGACUGGGCCAAAUUUUUCCUCUUGAAAAAGUUCAACAAAGGAAAACUCAGUCUCCUGUUCCUCGCUUUCCUGGGCAUUGUGGUGGCUCUGCUUGUCAAGAAAUACCAAGCUGUGCUGAGGAGAAAGGCCCUGUUGACUUGUCUGGCAGGUCACAGACUGUGUUGUCGGGCUGGCUACUACUGAAGAAUGAUCCUGUUCAACCUCCUAGUUGCCUCUACUGAAUUGUUCCUCUAUUAAAUAGUUAAUGAACCAGU